AUGACGUCGAGUUCAAGUGAAGACGAGAACAUUUUUGAAGACUGUGAAAAAACUGAGCCAGGACUUGCUUCGACAUCUUCAUCUGCAUCACCGAACAUAACUAGUGCAAUGUGGAGACCUAAUACCGAGCGUCGACCAUUGCCUAUGUACAAAGAUAAACCAGAAAAGACAACUAGAAGAGAAAGUCCGUCAGUAAGAAAAAUCAGGAAAACUGUCGGAUUCAUUGUAUUUUUUACAGGAAUCUUAUACUUGGUGUACAAUAUUGGCAAGGCCACGGCACCCCUUCCUGGUCGAGGAAGAACUUAUAAAGAUAUCUUAUCGUGGGGAUCUAAGCCAAAAGAGCCUGAAACUUGGCCUGAGAAGCAACAAGCUGUCAAAAAUGCAUUUAUCGAUUCGUGGAAUGGAUAUAAGAAGUAUGCGUGGGGUAAAGAUGUUUACCGUCCAGUAAGCAAGACUGGUGUAAAUAUGGGCCCCAAGCCAUUAGGUUGGAUCAUAGUUGAUUCUUUGGAUACUCUGCACAUAAUGGGUCUCAAGGAUCAACUGAAGGAGGCCAGAACUUGGGUUCAUAAAGAUUUGGAUUAUAACAUGGAUUAUGAAGUUAAUACAUUCGAGACAACUAUUCGCAUGCUGGGAGGGAUGCUCUCAGCCCACUAUCUUACAAAAGAUGAUAUGUACCUUGACAAAGCUGCUGAUCUUGGCAACAGAUUGCUUGGAGCUUUUGAUUCGAUUAGUGGUAUUCCAUACUCGAGUGUAAAUUUACAUUCCUCAAAGGGUAAAAAAUCUCAUACUGACUUGGGUGCCGCUUCCACAGCUGAAGCUGCAACAUUACAACUUGAAUUCAAAUAUUUAGCUAAACUCACUGGAGAAUCUUUAUAUUGGGAAAAAGUUGAAAAGAUUCUUAGCAUAAUGGAUGCGAACAAAGUUCGUUCUGGCCUGGUCCCUAUUUACAUCCAACCUGAUACUGGUCAAUUUAGUUCUAGAGUCAUUCGCUUGGGAUCAAGAGGCGAUUCUUAUUAUGAAUAUCUUAUUAAACAAUAUCUACAGACAAAUGAGGAGGAACCAAUCUACAAAGAAAUGUAUGAUGAGUCUGUCCAAGGCAUUAAGGAUCAUUUAAUAAAGCAGUCUACUCCCAAUAAACUUACUUUUAUUGGUGAAUUGAAUACUGGGGUGGGUGGCAAGUUAAGUACUAAAAUGGAUCAUUUAGUGUGUUUUGCAGGAGGUAUGCUGGCUAUUGGAGCUACAAAUGGAUUGCCCCUUGAUGAUGCAAGACGCAAAGGUUUCUGGUCUACAGUUAGGGAGGCUGAUAUCCAACUUGCAAUGGAGCUAACUCAUACCUGUUAUGAAAUGUAUAGCCAAACUCAAACCGGCCUUGCUCCAGAAAUUGUUUAUUUCAACACAGAUAAAGAUAGCACCAGUGACUUUACUAUUAAACGUAAUGAUGGCCAUAACCUUCAGAGACCGGAGACGGUUGAGUCUCUGUUUAUCUUAUGGAGACUUACAAAAAACCCGAUUUACCGCGAGUGGGGAUGGAACAUCUUCAAGUCAUUUGAGCACUGGACAAAGUUACAAGGAGAUGCGGGUUAUGCAAGUAUCAAUGAUGUCCGCAAUACGCCACCUGCGUUCCGCAAUAACAUGGAAUCCUUUUGGUUAUCUGAAACACUAAAAUAUUUGUAUUUGCUUUUUGAUGAUAGCGACGAGCUCUUACCUUUAACUGAUGUCGUAUUUAACACGGAAGCCCAUCCUUUCCCCAAAUUCAGCAUGGACCCCUUAUUCAAAACUGGUUGGAGCAGAUCCAAGAAGGCCACGGCACCAACCCCUGGGAAUGCAGCUGCUGACGAACCUUUGCAGAAGCCUAUUGAUCAAACAGAUAAAAAACCAAAGCCUAUCAGUAAAGAUGAUCGAAAGGAGGCAUCCAAUGCUGAAGCUCGUGCAGAGGAUAUCCCUGUGCGUCAGGUGGGUGCAGCAGACACAGCUCCCUCUAUCUCAGAGUAA